AGCGAAAGUGUUCCUUAGAACCGCGAGUUUGCGGACAAUAUUUACAUUUGAAAUCCUUCUAAUUUGGCCAUGGGAACCACAACUUCAAGCAGCCGCGUAGAAGAAACGAUCUCGACGCAUUACGAUUAUGCUUCUGUGUUGGAAGAGCAAGUCAAUGGAGAGGAAUCUUUCCGACUGUAUCGAGUCACAUCAUGUCGUUUUGAAGCCAUACUCUAUAACCCUAAACACUCACCACACUGCUUCAGUCUCUAUAGAGUACCGGAAGAAACAGAGGCUAGAAAAAAAUUCAGGUAUGGAGUUAUACAUUAUCCUAUCUUACUUUAAUAUUACGGCGGGAAAGUACGAUUAUAAAUGUGAAAUUGCGGUGCUAAGGUUGUUAAUGGACGGAUGUCGUUGAAUAAUACCCGAGUUUAGUGAGGUGUUAUUGAUUAUCAAAUUCGUAGUUAUAACAUAUGAAAAUAUGGCUUUUCUGUUUACAAAGUAGCUUUUGUGGGUAUUUACUCUAUUCGAUGAAAUUAAGGACUGGUUUCACAACAUGAUGUUUUACCAGAUAAUUUUUAAAGAUUUUUUGCGCCUGAAUUGACAAUUCACUUGUGAAAUGUAAGGUAUAAGGUGCCGUAAAGCUAUUAAGCUGGAGGGAAGAAUUUAAAACUGGCUUAUUGAUUUGUUUUGGAUUAGGAAGGUUUUUACUUCCAAGGUCCACAGUAGAUGGUUCAAGCAUUGAGAUGCAGAACUGUUUUGAUUUGCACACAGAUAAAUGCUAUUUUGUUUAGAAAGACAAAUAAUCAAAAACUGAUUUCAGAAGGCAAUCCCCUCCCACAAUGUUGGAUCAUCUCAAACACUGACCAUAAGGAUGCUGUGACAUGCAUGGGAAUUUUGCUUUAAAAAAAAGGUGAUACAGGGUAUUCUUCUACUAGGUUGAGAGCUAUAAUAUUCUUUGCUUUUGUUAUCUUUUAGAGAUUUUUGUAAAAGACUAGCACCAUUUUAUCAAAGUUCUCCUAAAUGCUACAAUUCAGAAGUUCUCCAAGACCUUAUUUCCUGUUUGGAACAGCAUCCUGAUUGGUCAUUGGCUCAUGUUGCUACUCACGUGGGUCUUUCAGAAUGUCUGAAGCACAAGGAAAUUGCAGAUUCUGUGGAUAGUGCCUGUAAAGAUAAACAAAGGACUCCUCUGCACAUGGCAUCCAGGGUAUGCCAGUGGAAUCACUUAACGAUAUAAUCAAUGAUUGGGGUUUGUUCAACAACAAGCAGGGGUGUUUGGUGAACUUUAUUUUUAUUGUUUGUGUAUUCUUAUGCAACCAUUAAAACUGGUCAUUAAAAGAUGCAUACCACAUCCAAUGGAAAUUUUAAGUUAAGACCAGAGUUCCCCAGACUGAAACAGACUCUGUUCAUACAGUUAUAGAUAUUCCUGUUUCUCUUGUUUCUCUUUGUUCCCUACAAGAUGGAUCCCCUUCUGUGAUGAAGAGAUUGAAAACACAGCUUAGUAUUGAACUGUAUCUUUUGUACAGAGUGGAAAGAUGGACUUUGUGCAAACUUUAAUGGAGCAUGAUCCUAGACUCCUUGUGAAAGACAAGUCGGGCAACACACCACUUCACUACGCUGCUGAACGUUACCCUGAGAUUCUAGACUCUUUUCUGAAAAAGGCCAAAGAACUAGGUACCUACCAUUGUCUACUAUGUUAACAAUGAAAAGAAAUAUGAAAUUUGUACAAUUUUGUUUUUUCAAAAUUUUUCUUGUCUUUACUUUCUAUUGGUGAUGUUUACUUAGGACAAUGAGUGUUGGGCUCCUCAGUUACAAGUAAUUUUUAAUUAUUAUUAUAAAUACUUUAUUAAUUCAUUAGUCUGAACGGUGCUAAUAAGUCGUUGCAGCUUGAUUAGUUGUGGGACUCUUGAUCACCCUUUGAACAAUUAUUUUGCAAGUUUCUUGGUUGGAUAAUAGGGUUGGGUCGUUUUUGAAGCAUUAUCUCUGGCCUCUCACUCAAACAUGAUAAUCCUUUAGACAGUUUUUCUCAAGUCUGGUUGUUUGGAUAAAAGAGCAAGGCCUUUUUAAAAGUAAUAUUAUCUCUGACCUAGCAAUGACACAUUAAUUGCCAAUUUUUUAGGUAAUCAGCUUGCAGAAGUUGUGAACACAACUAACUCUAGCAACCAAUCACCUCUGGACAUUGCCUGUCGAUACUCCCAGGGUGACAGUGUACAAAUGUUGCUAGAAGCUGGUGCUGACCCUGACAAAUCGCACAAUGGCUGUCAUCCCAUCCAUAUUGCUAUUGAUGCCAAAAGUGAUUCCUGUGUUGCCACACUUUUGGAGUUUCACCCUGAACAGGUCAAUGUCCGAGAUAGCAAAUAUGGAGGUACACCCCUACACUGGGCCAAGACCAAAGAGGUAAAACCCCUACUAGCCUUGUACAGCUCUGCAAAUAUUUUCAUAUAUUCUCAUGACCAAACACCUACAGCCAUUACUGGGCCUUUCCAAAUUCUUGUGACCAAACAAAAAAAGUCCCUUUUUCUCUCCGAAAUUUCUUCUUCAGUGAGGUUUAUGUGGAGCUUUUUUGUUGUUGUUAUUGUGAGAGGGGUUUUUUUUAGAACUUUGGAAAUGAUGUAUGCAGUAUAAGUUUUUUAACAGGAUAGUUUGUCCCUUGAUGUUGGGAUCACGUGCUGCCCCUGGAUCAUCAGCAGAGCUGUGCAGGAGUUCCUGAAACAUAUAUUUUGAAACAUUGGAGAUUAGCUACUUUAAUUUAAAACUUUUCUUAAUGAGUCAGGCUGCUAUUUAGGAAUGUUCUGUGGUAAUUGAUUUAGACUCCACAGAUCUAGCUCACAAUUUACUGCAAUCAUAAUGGGAAUAAAUCACAAAGCUGGUUAUUAUUACUUGUUUCUUUAAAGGCGGUUGAGCUUCUCCUUGACAGUGGAGCAGAUAUAGAAGCACAUAACCAUGAUGGCGAAACACCACUACAUAUCAUGGCUCGCCGCAAAAGACUGGAUUGUACCAUAGUACUGUUGAGCCGAGGAGCUGAAGUUAAUUCACAAAGCAAAGAUGGUUCAACUCCACUACAUCAAGCAGCAAUGGUAAGUGUCAAGCUAUAAUAUUCUGUUAAUGGAGGUUGACUAAAAAAUGCAAACCCUCAACCUUGUCUCAAGUUUACAUAACUUUUUAGAAUUCUCCCUAAACUCUCUCAACUCUCUCAGUAUUAACCUGAAAACACAAAAAAAAUCCUCUCUUGCUUUCACGAAAUAUUCACCUUUCAGUUUUACAUUUAAUGGGCACAUUGUCAAUGCAUCUCAUAAAUAUAGGUUCAGGAUGUGGAUAUAGUGCGUGCCCUGAUUGUGUUUGGUGCAAAUGUUAACAUCACAAAUAAGAGAUACGAAACACCAAGACAUGUGGCCACUGUCGUACGUCAGCAUGGCUGGCAGGAAGUUGUACAUGCUCUUGGGUUUGUGGGUGCAGCAGCUUGCGAUAAGAGCAAGAGUAGAUGCACUUUGGAGUGCAACAAACCAUUCCAAGGAGAAAUGACAAUUGGUAAGUAGUUUGAAUAGAUAGCCUUUUCCAUUUCCGGCAAAGUAAGACUGUAAUUGACCUACACUCACUAUUUUUUUGAAGGUGGAACUCCAGUGAAAGCAGCAGAAAGAUUACCUGGUUACUAUGACACCAUUAAGCUUGCAGCUGCUGCAGUGGCUUCCGUACUACCGCAAUCAAGGUCUUACCAAGACUCUGUUGAUGCCCCAAGAAAGGGACCCCACAAAGAAUCAAUCUUCAAGUCCCGCCACAAAAAAGAAGCCAUCCUUUCCAUGGAUGGAGGAGGAAUCAGAGGGCUUAUACUCAUACAGCUUCUACUGGCCUUGGAGGAAUUCACAAAGCAGCCAAUUAUUCAAUUGUUUGAUUGGAUAGCAGGGACAAGCACAGGGGGAAUACUAGCGCUGGCUAUAACGCAUGGCAAGUAGUAAUAAUGUCUUCUAAGUUGAGCGCUGUAAAGUUGAUGAAUAGUUUCAGAAGUCCAAAUUCAACUUGCAUUGUAUCAAACCAAUGUCGUAUGGAGUUGCUAGCAAUAUAUGUUUCCUGGUUGAUUUCUUAGUUAUGUUAACGUUGUUUAGCUACCUUUUGACGCCGGAGUAUCUUUAUAUGUUUGUUGAACCAACAUGCUAACAAGUGUUUUCUAAGAACAAACCCCUUUGACUACUGUAAUUUUCAGGCAAGUCCGCGCGAUAUUGUCAGGGCCUAUAUUUCAGAAUGAAAGACUUGGUUUUCGAAGGUCAACGGCCUUAUGACUCAGAACCACUUGAGAAAUUUCUCAAACAGGAAUUUGGAGAAAGCGUCAAGAUGACAUCAGUACUUCACCCAAGGUAUUCGGAAACAUUGCUUUAGGUGGGAAAAGUGACCCUUCAAAUUGUCUUAAUGAAAACAUUUAUUCACUCGUCGAUCAUUGAGGUUAUAUUUUUAAUGGUGUACUGUGGUGCUUUCUUGUUCCUUAUGCGAAUUCGUUAUAAACUCCUAGUCAUCACACGAGUAAAUAGCAAUGUUUUGUAAACUGCAGUGCUCGUAGCCAGCAACUUGUACAGAGCACUUUAUUUAUAUAGAGACCCUUUGUAAAUUGCCCUAGUUUUAAUUGUACUAUAUUUAUAUUGUAAAUAAUUCUUCAAUUCAGCCUUUGGCUGCGACGUAGUUACUCCUAUUAAACUAUCUAUCUAUCUAUCUAUCUAUCUAUCUAUCUAUCUAUCUAUCUAUCUAUCUAUCUAUCUAUCUAUCUAUCUAUCUAUCUAUCUAUCUAUCUAUCUAUCUAUCUAUCUAUCUAUCUAUCUUUGUAGCAUUUCCUCAAAUGUCUGUAACAACAUUCGCAGCUUACAAAGUUUUCUCCCUACAGAGUGCUGGUUACGGGAGUUUUGGCGGAUCGCAGACCUGCCAGUCUACACUUCUUCCGCAAUUUUGACGUACCUGAUGAAGACUGGGAUGCUGCUCAAUCAAUUUCUCGGUUUUCACAGCCACCUAAACCCUCAGGUGAGCUGGCAGUGUGUUCAAUGUUUUUCGCUUGCUCGCUUGCAAUGUGUGCAUUGGCAGGCAUAAUUACAGUAAAGCGCAAAAAAGUCUCUUAGGACAGCACCAGUCGGCGAGUUCAAUUGAUUUACUCUUUCAUAGACCAGCUGGUGUGGCGAGCAGCGAGAGGGACUGGUGCUGCUCCGUCGUUUUUCCGUGCUAUGGGUCCGUUCUUGGAUGGUGGAUUGAUUGCUAACAACCCAACCCUUGACGCUCUAACAGACAUUCAUAAAUACAAUCGUUUGGUACGAGGUGACACUGCCUGCUCGUUUGGACUUGUCGUGUCCCUCGGGACUGGUGUCCCGCCACCAAUGCAUGUCCAGUCAUUUGACGUAUUCAAACCAGAAUCCAUUUGGGACGCAACCAAUGUCCUCAUGGGAGCUCGUGCUUUAGGAGAAUUGCUGGUUGAUCAGGUAAAUACUACAGCUGUAUCAACACAUCCAUGGACUGGGUCUAAUGAGCUGUGACUCGCCAAAAAAAUAUCGCUCAAAAGUGAAUUUUAAGUCCUAUAGUGUGCACAGAGUUUGGAGGAUUUCCGGUUAGACCAUAGCGUGCCCUCUAGUAUCAAUUCCCUCUGAUAGUUGAUUAUCCUGACCGUUAGGGGUACUGAACGCUAAUAUCCGACAUGCACCUUGUUUUUAGGCUACUGCUACUCAUGGCCCGGUUGUUGAACGUGCGAGGGCCUGGUGCCAGAUGCUUGGCACUCCUUACUAUCGGUUCAGUUCUCCGAUGUCAUCUGAUGUUGGGCUGGACGAGACUGACGACCGUAUUUUGGUGAAAAUGUUGUGGGAGACUAGAGUGUAUGUAAUCCAGAACUACAAGGAAUUUGUUGAGUUGGGAAAGCUACUGACAUCGUAAACACAAUCUAGAGUUGUAGGGGGAAUGGAAAUGAAUAAACCGGAUUGUGGAGCAAGUCCUUUUGAUUUCUAUUUCGUAAGUUAUCAUGACAAUCUCAAUGCACAUAACAGAAGAUUGAGCCAAUGAUAUGAUACAGCGCAUGUUUUUUGUCAUCAUAGUAGUCAUAUCGCGUAGCUUUGGAACAGUGCUCUUCGAUAUCGUUAUUUUUCUGCAACUAAAAACUGAAAAAGAAAACUUUUUUUUCUCAAACACUGCUGCAACAUUGCCGGCCGCCCUCUUUGUGGAGACUAAAAGACCUUUAUCAUCGAAUUUUACGUUGGCAGUUUUUCAAUGCAACUUGUCAAGGCAGGUGGCAAGACUGAUCAGUUCCUGGUUCUAUGGUACAUCAAUAGCGUUCUACACUCUGAAAAUGUUAAAUGAAAAGCGGACUGAUACUUCAUAAAAAGGGACAUAAACUCUUAAUGAGGUCGUCUGUAAAUCAAUUGACCCAUAAAGUCUGAUAUGAAUUUUUUUGUUUAGCUAAGUUGCUCUUUCUAUUUUGCGCCACAGAUUCCGUAUAAAAUAUUUUUCCGGACACGGCUAUGCUAUGUUUGUCCGUCGUCUUGAAGUUUAACUUUAGUGGGAAAACCUUCCACUUUUAAGCGACAGGGCAAUUUAUGGGAAUAUUUCACGGUGUGCUAACCUAAUUUUUUGUCGGUUGUUUCCUUUGAUGUGUUUUAGCACAAGAAACCAUUAAAGAAUAUGAGAACCGCCAUCUACGUAGUCAAUUACAACCCCUGAGGGUCAUCAAGUUCAGAACUGCAGGCACGAGAAACACUUUUGAUGCCAAGUGCUGAGUUGAGACGGAAGUUGUCCGUUGCAUCAAACCCUUAGCGGAGAUUUCUCUUGAUUUUAUUUUUGUAGGAGAAAGUAUUAAAACUGAAAUGUUUCGCUCGACAAAAGAUUCAUGGAGAAAGAUGUUAACUGAUUUGCUACGAGUGUAUACCAAGCGGAGAUAAUUCUUACUAUAGAUCGUUCGUCAUGUCUUAUUUUUUUUAAAGCAAUUUAACUUAUUUAAAUUUAUUCCUCACUGGCACCGAGCUACAUUAGCCUUGAAUCGAUUUUCAGUUUAAAGGCAGCAGUCGUCAGUUAAGUUGAAUUUUGAUUUGAGCUCUGACUGGGAAUUUGUUUCUUAUUUAAUUCUCUCUUAAAGCGAAUAAAGAGACAAGAAUUUAUUUUUUCCUCGGUCGGGAUCUUUAAGAAAAUUUAAAUGUAUAUAGGUCCAAAUUGACACACGGAACAAUAAUAUUACUAACCAGCUGGAAGCUGCAGAUUUCAAUAACCCCAUAUGUACGUUUAAUUUCUGCAUGUCAAAAGUAUUUCUUGUCGGACUUCAAAAAUCUCGAAUUGUUGAAGUCCAAUGAAAAAUAUAUAUGUUUAGUAUCUACUGAAAACGAAAUGCAAUUCCAUUCACGACAAGCUCAACAUGGCAAAGAAAGAAGAGAAUUAACAAAGGAUGCGUAAUCAUGUAAUACAGAAAGGUCACAAGUGGAAGAAAAAAGAACAGAUGGCCUCCAUGGACCGAAUAACACAUCUUAAAUAUAUCAUUAAAAACUCAUAUUGGACGCAAAAUUACAUUUACAUACGUGAAAUCCGUAUAAAGUCCGUUUUUUCAUUUGUGAUUAUAUUUUUUUUAUUUCAGCUCGUCAAUAGUAGGGGUAUCCUAUGUAAAUAUC